AUGUUCCAGAAUCCGAUGCCGCAAAUGGAUUUCACCGAUGAUAAUGGAGGUGAAGAAGAUGACAUGCCGCUUGCAGCGUGGCUACAGAGUUUUGAUCAGGGGAAUGGAGAUGGGAAGGGGGGGGAAAUCGAUUUGGGGGGUGCGUUUCGGAGACCGAUGAAUGUUUCUUUGGGGGCUGGGGUUCCUGCUAGUCCGUCCCUUAGGGAAGAGGGUUGGGAAAGGAGGGGUUUGGGUGGGGAGGGAAAGAAGGGGAAUGGGAGGGUUGGGGGAGAUAGGAGGGUCGGGGUGAGGGAUGGAAAGGGUGAAGGAGAGAAAACUUUGAAAGCGUGGGGGAAGAGGGCGUUGAUGGAUUUGAGUUGGAUUGGGAGUGUAUCAUCACCUACACCUGUUCAGACACCUGCUUCGAAGCCCAAAGUACAACAACUCACCAAUCUGAGGAAAAGUGUCUGGGCCGGCGCGACAAGCAUAGCGCCUCGUUACUUCCCAGCUACGCCAUCGCUUUGGUCGAAUUCAUCGACUAUACCAGAUUCUCUUUGGGGACAGAGUAUAGGAUCUGGUUCUGGUUCUUCGGAGAGUAGUUCGAGUACGACUUCUCUGCAGAUACCGACAAAAUCAUGGGUUCCGAGAUCUGUUUUGGGGGAUGGGGGGUGCGGACGAAAUGGAGCGGGUGAAGAGGCAUCUCCAUCUCCAUCAAAAUCACCAUCACAGCAGGCAUCCGCUUCAAACCCAUGGACAACACCACCUACAACUUCAACUUCUCCAGCAAUCACACCAUCCCCUUCAUAUCCACUCAUAACCUCCAACCUAACACGCACGCACCUAAACCUCCUCCUAACCCGUCUAGUCUCGUUGUUUGACUGGGAUUUCAUCAACCUCAACAUCGACUAUCUGCAUUCCCUCGCCCCAAAUAACCCUAGCUCACCGAACCGCUCCAUCAGCACAUCCUCCUUCCCCUCCCCCGAAAUCUGGACCUCCUAUUUCUGUCCCUACUACCUCUCCUUCCUCGAGCACGUCGCUUCCAAACGCGUCUACGAUUUCAUAGACGUAUUCGACGGGGACUUGGAGGACUACAAACUCUUCGUAGCGGCUGUGAUGGAGGUUUUUGCUAAAUCCGGGAGGGAUGAGACCGGGAGGGAUAGAAUGGAUUUGUUUUUGAGGGGGUUGUUGGAUGAGGAUACGACGCAAGAAUACCUCUCCAUCUUCCCCACCGAGAAACUCUGGGACGUUGGUCUUGUUUAUCCUGGUGGGAACGGGGAAUAUGACGCCCGAAUCACGGAAUUGAAAGUGAGUUUGCGGACAGAUAUUUGA